CUCUCCCCAAAUAUAUCCAGUUUCCAGUAGUUAAUUUUCCAAUUUUCCCAAAAGGUUGCAAUUCGCAAUCGUAUCGUAUUUUUACAAUUUGUGAAAUGUGAAUACAAUGCCAAGAGGAUCGAUAAAAUUUUAUUCGAAACAUUGCUUGCCCAAUUCAGCUUAUUAAUUGAAUUACUGAAUAAACAUUUGUAUUAUGAAUGAAAUGAUUACAAUAACGAAUCAUAAUAAUGCUCCAUCGUGUGUUACGCGGUCGCCUGACGUUCAAAGUGUAUUUUCUCAUAGCACUGAUAGCGAUAAUAGUAUGCGGCUAUCUGAUACCUCAAUACAAGAUAUACCCCAUAGCUCCCGUGACCACACCGAGUUCAACCCUACCUCAUACGAGGCAUCUGUCUAAACUCGUGACUGUUGUGUUCCGACAGUUCGAGGACUUUGAAAAUGAUAUCGCCGAGAGCGUGCAGUCAUUCGUGUCAGCAUAUCCAAAUAUACAAAUUCUGGUGCUAUGCCAAAGACUACAGUAUCCACCUUUCCAGUUUUCUGCCACAAACGAGACUUUGCGUAACGUGAGGAUACUGCCGCUGGAAUUUAGACUUGAUAAGUCUCCUCGAGACUUGGACCCACUAUCAUAUAUUACAACUGAGUAUGUUUUGUUCGUGCCAGACUCAACGCGUGUAUCGCGUCGUGUUUUCCAACAGAUCGCAAUAUCAGCGACAACAUACCCGAGUCAAGCUAUCACUGUCGGUAUAGGCAAUGCUCGGUUGACCUGCCAGCAACUUAAAUGGAUCUAUACAGAGUGGACUCUUAAGUACAGUAAAGAUUCAUCAUUGAAGCUCUGCGACAGUGUGCUGGGGCAGCAUGCACUGAUGAUUAAAACAUCACUGCUGCACACUUUAGCGAAACCGUUUACUUUACCCUUUCCUGAGGCAUUGUAUUUACAGACGGCAGCAAAAGGUUUGAAGAUACAGAUACUGGAGAGCAAGUUUGGUGCUGGCAGAAGUGUGCUGAAGACACCAGCGUCUAAACAGAAGGCAACUAAACAAAUAAGAGAUUACCGGGUGGCACUGUACAAGGAGCUGGGAGUUAAAGCUGUUGUUAAGGAAGAUGGGAGAGUCCAGUGGUUCGGUUGUAAGAGAGAGACUCAGAGAUGUUUCCCACCGGUACAAAGAACGCCAUCCUACCUGCUAGCCGGACGUAACACGCCGCCGUGUUGUCGUCGCAACAUUCGUCGCACUGUCGCCCACGUGUUGAGAGCCUUGACGCAGGCUGGUGCGCGGUGUUGGCUGGAGACCACUUCGUUACUAGGUGCUGUUGUAAGCGGUGAUCUUCUUCCUUGGGUGGAGUACGCCGAAGUCGGCAUACACGCGGCGGACUUAUCCCGGGUUUCCUGGCUACAAAGAGGUGGUGCGGACAAUGACGGUUUUGUGUGGGAGCGGGCGACCAAAGGCCACUACUACAGAGUCGCCUACUCAGCGACCAACAGGGUGUACGCGCUGAUACUGCCGUUCGCGGCGCGGAACGGUACCAUGUGGCCCGCCGACUGGGUGCUGGCACACCAGAGGGAGUUCCCCGAGAGGCAUUUGCAUCCACUCGCGCAAAUACAAUUCGUCGGUCGCGAAGCGCCGGCACCAAAUGACGCUCGCGCAUUCCUAGACCUCAAACUUGGUCAGGGCGCUGUCGAGAGAUCAGAAAAACUCGGCUCCAGGCUUCUAUAUCCAUAAAUACAUGGUUUUAAAACUAAACCUAAUAAUAUAUUUUAUAGGCUUUCUGGUAGACGUUAGAUCCUCGCCCGUCUGAUGAUUCUGCACCCAGAACUUCUUUAAGUACUUGAAGAUUGACAUGAUUUUGCUUCAAUAGCAUAAAUGGGGUUGCAAGUCUUAAUUUUGCACCACUUCUAAUCUAGUCAUUUGUAAACUAGUUUAUUGACGAUCAUGUCGACAUUGCAUUUUGAAUUCUUAUGAUAUUUAUAGGUAUUAAGUCAUAUAAUGACACUCCCUUCACAUUAGUGUUUCUUUAGACCAAUGGUUCUCAACAUUUUUUAACCAGCAUAUUGAAGCAGAUUGCUAUGUCUAAGUUUGGCAGGCCUUGCAUUAUGCGGGCCUUGCAUUAGGCGGGCCUUUAUCUAGCUAUUUAAAAUGGCUGAUGAUGAUGUCAAACAUAAAUAAUAUUAAAAAAUUCAAGAUGUACCUGAUUCCACGAGUCACCACGCUAACAACGUUCGACUAUUAUUUUAGAUGAAAGUGUUAUUAUCGAUAGUUCUAUGAAAGAUUAAUACCAGUGUGAUGGGGCUGUAAUAAGUGAUUUAUUUGGUUUGUUUUUCCUUAUGACAUAAACUAUACGUACCUAUUGUUUGAAUGCAAUAUGUUUCUGACAUUGUUAUAAAAUACAUAAUCCAGUCUAGGAUGCAUCAAUGACAUCUCUUGGCGAGGGAAAACCAUAUUGUCGACCAAUAACGGCAGAAUUGAAAACAUCGUUUUUUUGUAAGUUACAAGUUAGCCUUCUUCCAUCCUGCUAACUUGUUAGGAGGCUGAAAAUCCACAUCCCUGUGGGUUUCUACACGACAUCGCACCGGAACGCUAAAUCGCUUGGCGGUACGUCUUUGCUGGUAGGGUGGUCUCCCACCAGCCAGACCUGCACCAAUUAAGAAAACCUCAAUCGGCCCAGCCGGGGAUCGAACCCAUGACCUCCGUCUUGUAAAAUCCAUCGCGCACACCACUGCGCCACAGAGGCCGUUAAAUUCAAUUUAGAGAUUGAUAUUUUCGAUUACGCCGCUAUUGGUCGACAUUGUAUGCCCCUCUCGUCGAUAGAGUCGCAUUCUAGGCCCACUAAAUAUGAAAGUAUAUGAAGUUAUACGAAAAUAUUUUACACAGGCGUUUCAUUAUUGCUAAAUAGUGCAUGUUUCCUAGAUUUAUCACGCAUACACUUAACAAAUGUACUAUUAUAUUAAAUAAAUUGUUAGAAGAUUCACUAAGUUGCACAAAUGUUAAAAAAAUUUAGUGAAAAUAAAUUAUAUAUAAAUGUUGUAAUUUGUUUAAAAUUAUCUAAUAAAUUACACUUGUUUAUGGUCUAGUUCUCUUACGUUUAAAUGUAAAAGUUCUUUAGUCUUUGUCUUAAUUUAUUAAAUAAUGUGAAAUUACCUUAAGGUGGAUAUAAAUUUAUCUGACGUGUCGUGUUGUGACGCAUCAGAAGAGAAUCGGUAUCAUACAUUUUGUAUGCGACGCAUCAGAAACCAUCACGUCAUGUCGCAACCUUUGACUAUUUAGACUAUGGACCUGUUUCGCACCCAAAUUCACCAACAAAAAAGUCUGUCGUUUUUUGAGGGGGACGAGGUAAACUCGCACAUCGAAAAUACACUACACACAACUAUAAAUUUGACUCGCAAUACACACACGCGUAAUACUAAUUUUUACACAGACUAACCAACACAUCGCUUACACUAUCCACAGAAUAUAUACAUAGAAUAUUGGAUUACUUGAUAAAUUUUUGCUAUUAUAAAUUUUAUAAAAUUAAGGUAGAAAUACUUACAAAUGAAACUUUACUCCAUCUUUUACUAAACUACAAGUUUUUGCCCGUUAUUUAUACCAUUCAACUACACAAACCGGCAUUUUUACGGAGUUCUUUACACGACGAAAACGAUUACAACAAUGAAACAUCGAUUCUAUAGCAACAGUUUUUAUUAGCGUAUUAGAUCAUUGAUUUUUGAUCUUUGCCAGAGGGGUAACGGUUAGCGAGGCAGGUCCUGUUAUUAAUGGUCGAAGAUACACAAAAUGUAUGAUACCGAUUAUAUUCUGACGCGUCAUGACACGACACGUCAGACAAAUAUAAAUCAGGCUUUAGUGUUUUGUAACUCAAAUCAUGAUAUAUUGUAAAAGUCUACAUUAUUAGAUUACUAGAAUUUAUAUUUUUUGUUCUGUGCAACCAACGAAGUCUUAAGUCUAUUUAGAUUAAGAUUUAGAUUGCUUCUCUAUGGUGAUCCAACUAACUAUGAAAAAUGUAUUUUUGAAGAUCUCAUAAAUCUAGUCAAUAUAGAUAGUGUAUGGUCCAUUUUAAAUGGAAUUGUUUUGUUUCUAGAGUUUAUUAGUAUUAUAGACAGAUUAUUUUAAUGAUUCUAGUUAUAGUAUAGUCUAAAGUGACCUAUCUCGAAAAUUUUAGUUUAUUGCAGAUGAGUUGUGACGUCACGUGUAUUUUGAUGCUUCUCUUUCGUACCUUUUUCAUCUACUUAUCAUCUGAUUAAGUCACUAAGUUAACCAGUGCACUCUUGUCAUAACUAAAAAAAAAUUAAAACAACAAAUUUUGAUUCAAUAAAAAAAUAUUGUAUUAGGUAUAAGUUAAUCGUGCAAAUCUGUCUAUCGUAACCAAAGAUUUUCUCCUAUAGAUAUGUUACGUGCCUACAAAA